GCCGACCACGGAGCGCAGCUCAUGUGGAAGGCGGCGAGGAACGGGGACCCGGGAGGCUACGCCUACCUCGCGUGGAUGCAUCACAACGGGGACGAGCGCGCCAAAGGCGGCGGAAAGCUGGCCUCCCGGAGGGAGGGCGACCUCAGGGCGAUGGCGUACGCGCUCUGGGGGAUGGAGCGGGUGGAGGGGACCAACGUCGGGAGAGGAAUUCCCGGUGUGGAUUUUCACCACUCAUCAUCCGCAUGCCCUUCCGCGGUGUGCAUCAAAACUAUGGUGGCCCUAUCCACCGAGAAUGGUAGGAGGCCUGUCCACUGGGACAUCAAGCAGGCGUACACACACGCCAAGCUGAAGGAAGAAAUCUACCUGAGGCUUCCAGACGGUUGUGGUGUUUGGACUGGCACGGCGGUGAAAGUCGAGCGUGCUCUGUAUGGACUCAAGCAGAGUGGGCGCGAGUGGGGGGUGGACCCCUGCAUUUUCCGCAAGGUGGUUGACGGAGAAGUCGUAGGUCUCAUCGUGAUCUACGUGGAUGACAUCAUGUUGUCCGCGACCGAGGAGGAGCGUGAAGAGUUGCUAGCGUCUCUCCAGAAGAGAUUCCCUGUGAAGGAUCUAGGAGAUUGUACCUGGUACGAUGGGUGUGCCAUUGAGGUGGACCUUGAGAAUGGUACCACCAAGCUGUCCCAGACGGCUUAUAUCGAGAGCAUGCUCAACCGCUUCAAUGUCACGACCACUGCUCCCACGCCCGCUGUCGUCGACGAUGACCUAGGGCCGAAGAGAGACGACGAGUCCUCGUUGCUGUUCACGACGCCGGACGUCGCGCUGCCUUUGAACAAGCUGCAGAAGAUCGCCCACUCACCCACCGAGAGGAUGUGGAACGCGCUUGUGCGGAUCAUGUCCUACCUCAACGAGACGAAGGACCUCGGGAUCACCUACGUCCGCGGAUCAGGGCUAGACCUAGACGUGUUCGUCGAUUCUAGUUACGCCGACAGCACCGUUGACAGGCGUUCGACGACGGGGCUAGCCGUGACUGUAGGUGGGACCGUAGUGUGCGCAUCCACCAAGACACAGCCAGUGACGGCUCAGUCGACCACGGAGGCAGAGUAUAUUGCAGCCGGGGAGGGCGUGAAGGAAGCGUUGUUCGUGCGUGGUGUUCUGUCGUUCAUUGCGCCCGAGACGAGCGGUGCCACGAUCAGGAUCUGUGAGGACAACGAGGGGGCUCUCGCGUUGGUGCAGAACCCUUUCAGCUCGGCGAGGAGCAAGCAUAUCGACGUGCGGUUCCACUUCAUCCGCGAGCUCUUCAAGGCGGGCAAGAUCACCGCAGAUUAUGUCUCGACAGAAGAGCAGCACGCCGAUAUGCUGACCAAGGUCCUUGGUAGGGGCAAGUUGGAGUACCACCGGUAG